UUUACGUGCAUCCGCUCCUCGGUGUCCUCCUGUACGUGUUCUGGAUAGCUAUGGCGGCGUGCCGGGGAUCUUCGUCUAAAUGGUUUUUCACCCGGGAGCAGCUCGAAACCACGCCGUCUCGGCGUUGUGGAGUUGAACCAGACAGGGAGCUGUCAUAUCGUCAACAGGCAGCAAAUCUCAUCCAAGACAUGGGCCAAAGACUCAAUGUCUCCCAACUUACAAUUAACACAGCUAUUGUUUACAUGCAUAGAUUUUAUAUGAACCACUCUUUCACCAAAUUCCACAGAAAUAUCAUUUCUCCAACCACCUUAUUUUUGGCUGCAAAGGUUGAAGAACAACCUCGGAAACUCGAGCAUGUCAUUAAAGUUGCACACGCCUGUCUAAACCCUCAAGAAGCCCCCCUAGACACAAAGAGUAAUGCAUACCUCCAGCAAGCCCAAGAGCUGGUGAUACUUGAAACCAUAGUGCUACAGACUCUGGGCUUUGAAAUAACUAUUGAACAUCCACACACAGAUGUGGUGAAAUGUUCCCAGCUAGUGCGAGCAAGCAAGGAUCUGGCACAGACUUCCUAUUUCAUGGCUACCAACAGCCUGCACCUCACCACCUUCUGCCUGCAGUACAAGCCCACCGUCAUCGCCUGCGUCUGCAUCCACCUGGCCUGCAAGUGGUCCAACUGGGAGAUCCCCGUCUCCACGGACGGCAAGCACUGGUGGGAGUACGUGGACACCUCGGUCACGCUCGAGCUGCUGGAUGAGCUGACCCACGAGUUCCUGCAGAUCCUGGAGAAAACGCCGAGCAGAUUGAAGAGGAUAAGGAACUGGAGGGCCACACAAGCAGCCAAAAAGCCCAAGGGGGAUGGACAGUCGUUGGACAUCUCUUUUGCAGGUCCCUCCCUGGUGGAUGAGCAUUCCCUGGGCGACUCCCUCCCGGGGGUCUCCAACCCGGCCUUCUCCAAAGCUGCUGCUGCCUUCCCUGUCCCUCUGCCAGGAGGACCCCUCUCCCUGGACACCAUGGGCAGCCUGCAGGGCAGCUCCUACACCUUCACCGCCCCCAGCGACUGGCCCCAGGAACAGAGCCGAGGCUCAGAGGGGGUCUACCCGCCUCUGAAACAAGACGCACUCGGCCUUCAGCAGGGGGCUCCACUGUCUCUGCAAGGCUCCCUACAUCACCCGCCACACAGACCUGACAAAGGGGUAGAGUUCAACCCCGUCAAACACGAACACAAGGGUGGGGGUGGAGGGGGGAAGCAGCAGCAGCCUGCCUAUCCCCCUCCUCCCCCUCCUCCUCCAACCGUCCCUGCCCAGAAACUUUCUCUGGACAAGUACCGGGAGAAGCAGCAGGCGGCCGAGGUGGCAGCCGGUCAGAAACGGCGGCAGGAACAGCAGGGCAUGGACUCUGAGGGAAGGGACUUGGGGUACACACCCUCUGCUCAAUCAGAACACAGAAAACACUCGCAGCCCCACCCCUUUUCCCAACAGGCUUUGGGGGGCGGCGGCAGCAGCAGCACUGCCUCCCCGCUGAAAAUGAAGCUAGCCACACCAGGCCACAACAAACCCCCCAGCGACCGUCGGGAGAAAGGGGCGGGCACUCUGAAACUCCGCCUCCCCGUCCCGUCCCAGGGUGGUUCCAGCAAGGAGGAGCUGAAGAUGAAAAUCAAAGUGUCGUCUGAUAGGCACAGUUCCUCAGACGAGGGCGGGGCCAAGAGCAAACAUUCCAGCCCGCUGGUAAGCAAGGAGAAGCACCGGGAUCGGGAACACAUUGCUCACUCCCAUGCCCACCGCCACCACAAGCACGGACACGCCCACAGCGGCAACGGCCGCGGGGGCCCAGAAGGGCAGGGGGCAGCAGCCCUCCUCAGGAGCCCUCUGGGCCUCACUAGCGAGGGGGUGGGCCUGCCUCUUGGGCCCACCUCCUCAUCCUCCUCCCGCAAGAGGCAGUACACUGAGGCAAGCCACAACCACCACUCCUCGAAAUCGAGCCGGAGAUCCAAGGGCUCAGCAGGUGGGCUGCGGACUUCUCAGCACCCUAGUGAAACUGGACAGGAGGCCGGGGGGGAGCCAAGAACCUGAGGCUCAGGGAACCAGCGGCCAGCACUGCUACUAGUACUAUUCAGACCACACAGACACUCACACGUUCUCACACGCGCCACCUCCCUGUCAAGUGCCCGAGGAAAUGAACUCAUAGAAGCCUUUUAGCGAGGCAGGAGAAAGGGAGGUGAAACGGCGACAGGAAAACGUAAACAUGAAAAGUGUUAAAAGGACAUCUCGGCUCGAGAGUAAAGAGAUACAUUUGAUGCUUCCUGAUCAUUUUGGCGAGAGCUGCUGUGGCCCGUCAUGGUUAGCGUUAGCUUCCCUUGCUGCGUCCUCCCUAGUCUUCAUAGGUCUGGGGGUGGGCUGUUCGGAGGACGGCGUCAUCCUUCCUAGUUUGAAUCUCCGUGGGAGGGGGGGGGGGGGAAAGUAUUAUAAAUACUGAAAAAAAGCAUGAAAGGUGCAAUUUCUCUUUUCUUUAUUAUGUUUCUGUUUCCAUUGUUUUAAUGGUCAUGUAAACACAAUUUCCACAACUAACACACUGUGGUGACGAAACGGGCGUUACCUCUGCAAGGUAGGAGAGGUUGAUUCUGUCGUGACCGGUGGUCCUAACAUGGACGCUAAUGAAGGCUGGAUAUUUUUAGUCAUGUUUUUUUUCUUUUCUGGAAUGAGUCUCUCUCCUUUUGUUUUAUACUCAAUACUGUAUGUAUGAUCUGCAUGUUUCAAUCAUCAAAGGGAUAAAGCAGAAUGCUGACUGUUUACAGAAAGUGGAGAUAAAUGUACAUACAUUUUUGUAUGUUUAAAAAGCUAUACCAUAAAUACUCAGGUUUGGAGCUGCUUGUAAUUAUAACAAGAUAUUAUAUAUGAAAAAAAAAAAGACUAUGGUAAGGAUGUAGGAAGUCCCGCAUCAUCAGGUGAUUCUGACUGCAGCAUUCCACUGAUGUGCUUUGAGCCUGUACUUGGCUUGGCUGCCAGGGGUAGGUGUUCUACCGAGCCCCCCCCCCCAUUCCCACCCGUAGGGAAGUCAAGGCUCCUACAAACCAACACACCUGGCGUGUGGUCAGAGGCCAUGCAAAUUUGUACGAGUUAAGUUUUAUUUUUUUCGGACCUCCGAGAAGACCUUAAGCUGGAUGCCAAAGGUUGUGCCUCCCAAGAAAAAGAAGUAAAAAAGACACGAGAAGAGGACUAUAAUCUAUCAAAGUUUACAUAACCUUUGCUGUGAAGUGCAUUUAAACUUGUUGUUGGCUUGGCGCUGUAGCCCCUAGAUGCUAAACAGUGCCGUCCUGUUGGGCCGUAGUAGGACCGUACAUCCAUGUCCGGUGAAACACAGUGGAAGGCCUGGCUGGCGCUGGGUUCAAUAAAAGCCCCACCAGUGUUGUUGAUACCGGGGCGCUUAUGCAGUUUUCCACGUUUAUUUCCUACUGUGCGGAAGAUGUCGUCCUCAAGUGUAGACACGACGUAGCCUCUCUGUUCAGUUCCAGACUGUUUUACUCCUUUGUUUCAGCGUGCAGUAACCCAAGACCAACACAUCAUGUUCCCCUUCACCGCUGGUAGUGUGUCAACUCUCGCGUGUUGUCAAGAUGACUGGUUUCAUAAUAAGAGCAAGAGCAGAUCUUGACAUCCAGUUGUUUUUGUUUCAUUUCAAUUCUACGAAUAAAUCUUAAAAGGUUCUCACUACCUUAAAUAUA